AUCUCCCUAAGUAUGCUGACUGUGCAAGCCAACACUGGACCAAAAUGGCAAGACAAGAUUCCCAAGGCGUUCUGGCGUGGUCGCGACAGUCGACAAGAAAGAUUAGAUUUUGUUGUAAUGGCGAGAAAGAAACCAGAACUUUAUGAUGCUGCGCUUACGAACUUCUUUUUCUUUCCGUACGAUGAAAACAAAUACGGUCCAAAAGGAUCGCACGUUUCAUUCUACGAUUUCUUUAAGGUAUAUUAUUUAAAAACAAAAUUGAUAACGAACUGUUGAAUUGCAGUAACUCUCUUUUUAACAAAACAUCUUUUGCAAAUCCUUAAAAACCUAGAAUUUACCUAUGCAAAAUUCCUAACUUUGAUCACAGAAACUACGAGUGUGAACCGGGCUUCACAACACUGCCCCCCCCCCCCUCUUGCUACAAGCCUGCCUCGUAGAGAGGACUAUGCCUCCAGAUUCGAGCCACGUGGACUUCUGCGAGGCAGGCUACCUUACUGCUCCGUCCUAGUUCAAUCUAAUAAAUUCCAUUUCUAGUACAAGUAUCAAAUAACUAUCGAUGGAACAGUGGCUGCGUACAGACUGCCGUACUUGCUCGCUGGCGAUUCUGUGGUUUUCAAAAUGGACUCGGAAUAUUACGAGCAUUUUUAUAAAGAACUAGAACCCUGGAUUCAUUACAUUCCUUUCAAGAAAGAUCUAAGCGACCUGGAGAAACAUCUCGACUGGGCAAUUGCCAAUGACAAGGAGGUGGGUAAACCAAGAUUCUUCAUUCUUUGAAUGACAGCUUUGGCGUUUGUAAAACAUGAACAAAAUCAAUUUACAACUCUCAAUGCCAAACAAUUUCAGAAAAUAUUCACUAAAGCAAGAACAAUUUAAGGAUUUUCAAGUACUUCUUCAUUCAAGCACUUCUUUCAAACACUUCUUCACUCUUUCACGGCCUUGAAUUUUUAUUUCCAAAUUCAAAGACUUUCAAGUUUUGUACGAACCCUGUUUCAAUAUCACUUCAGGGUUCGUACAGGUCAGGAAGAGUUAAAUUCUUGGACUUUUCAAGGCCGUGUAUCAGCAAAUUCAGGGACUAAAUACUGAAGAAGAAGUGUUAGAAAUCAGCAAAAUCUGACAUUGAAUUGUUCAAAACGUAACUUUAUAAUGAGGUCAGAUAUGAACAUGCAAAAUCAAUGUCCGUUUUGAAUGUCAAACAAUUUCAGAAAAUAUCCAAAAACUAAAGCAAGAAGAAUUCAAGGACAUUCAAGUACUUCUUUACAAAUUCAAGGCCUUGAAUUUUUGUUUUCAAAUUCAAGGACAUUCAAGGACUUUCAAGUUUUGUACGAACCCUGUCAGUUGUACCAAACACCGCAGGGUUCUCUCCUUCCUUUGUUUGAUUUCAUUUUACCAUCAGUCUAUUUUGGGUUUUUUUCAGGCAGAGAAAAUUGCGUUGCAAGCCCGAGAAUACGUGCGUGCGCGGCUCAGCCCAGAGCACAUAUUUUGCUAUUACUACGUCCUCUUGCAGGUUUGUUGAAACAUUUUCAUUCAGUUCAGAGUCGGAUUGCGGUUUGAAAUCAUAAAGAUAUUCAUAGGUGUCCUAAGUUUGUCAUCAUUACUGAAUGAAACUCGGAAUUCUAAGGCUUGUGACUGUCUUGUACAUUUUACGCGGGUAUUAGCUGAUAUAUGAUGAUGCAUGGUGGUAUUGACUAUUGUGGUUAUUGAUGAUGGUGAUUGUGAUGGUAGCAAUUAUGAUGAUGGUGGUGGUGAAAUGAAGAUGGUGGUGUCGCGGUGAUGGCGGCACCCAUGGUUUCGACUAUUGAUAUGGUUUACUAUAUUGACUUCAUUUUUUUAGAAAUUUGCCAAACUACAGAAAACGAAACCAAAGAAACACGAUGGCAUGGAAUUUAUAGCUCAACCUCAGGAUGACAAAAGUGGCUGUGACUGCAAGAGGAAGAAGAGGAAGGUAUACAAAGUAUUUGAAAAACCUGCGAUAUGUACCUGUGUUUCAGGCGAAACGCUUCUUUCCAUCUACCAAACUGACAUGACGUCAUUUCCGGAAGAAAUGUUAAAUGGCUAUGUAACGAACCCAAACCCUACCCCCCUACUCUAAGCCCAACUCUAACCUUAACCAAAAUAAUAAACUAAAUCCAAAAAGAAGCAACUUUAGAAAUUGAUGAAAUUAUGUAACGUUCGUUUGAUGGUUGGAAACGAGUGAAAACCGUGUUUCUGAUCUUCUGUUAAGUGCAGUGCGAUUUUCAAACAGCCAACUACAUUUUCUCCGUUUUAACUGAAUUUUACCUCUCUUUUGUAGUCGAAAAAGCAUGACGAGCUUUGAAGACUAUGGCCUACAGACCCGCUCAAAAGAAUGUUCUCGUAGUUAGGAAUUAUUACCGCCGUAUUAGAUACGGCUUUAACUUAUUUUGUCAAUUUUUAAGCCCUGUUGAAAAUAAAACACGAUUUUAUGUACAAUGAAUGUUACGUUUUGUUAUGUCGGUGGUUGAGCGUCUGCCGCGGUGUAGAGAAAUAGAAAACCUAUUUUUACUGUUCUGGUGUUGCUUUAGUUCCUAAGAACAUCGCAUUUACAUACGUAAAAAUCUCACAACUUGUCAACAAGAUGUGUUCUCAACAGGCUUGUAACAAGCUUAUCAACAAGUUGUAACAAUGUUGUUAUUUCAUCAAGUUGCUACAAGGUUGUCAUUCACAGCUUGUUGAAACAACUUGUAACAAGUCUGUUGAGCUAAACAAUCUUGUAGCAAGUUGUCAACAAGCCGUGCUAACACAUCCUGUUGACAAGUUGUUGGAAUAGUAUUACUGCAAGUCUGCUGCAGGUUUGUUACAACUUGUGUGUUUUUAUGUGUAGUAGAAAACUCUAACACAAGAGCACUUGAUUAUGUCACACAAAAUGAUUUACGUCAUGAUAAUUUAAUGUUUUUUAUACAAAAUUCAACGGUUUCAAUCUCAAUUCUCAACACGAGUAAAUAAAUAGAAAUAUUUUGGACAAAACUGACAACGCGGUACAAAAUGAACAUAUAUACCAUAGAAAAUUCAUAUGCUUUGCAUUAGAGUGAUUUUUAUGUAGCUGCUGUCGGACGUCUCGCCUCCACCCAAGAUCUGAAUAUACCCCUAAAU